AUGGUUGAUGCUGCAAUUAGCUGGUUCACAAGCGAACUCAAAAAAAGAGGACGUAGUGAUGAUGUGAUUGAUGAUAUAGUUAAACUAUUUAAAGAUAUGAUUGCCAAUAACAAUCAUAUCUUUAAAACAUCAAGAACUGUAAGUGGCUUGGACAUUUUUGAUUUUAAUUUUAAAAUCAAUGAUGAAAAUUGGGGAUUGUUCGCAAAUAUAUGCCUCCGCAUAACUUGCUGCACUUGUGCGGAGGCAAGCUGUGAAAGAACAAUCUCAGCCCAGCGUCUCAUCUUAACUUGUUCAAAUUUAAACAUGAGUAAGGAAUUAAUGGACGCUAGGCUAAAGAUCAUGAAGGGAGCUAGUUGGAAAACAUAG